AUUUACAGCUCGACUGUACGAUAUGGGAGAGACAUCCACAUCGCAGGCUCCCGAGGUUGAUGAGCGAGCACCACUCCUUGGGGGGUCGGAGAAUGGACGCAGCACUGAACCGCAAGCUCCGGUGAAGAGAACAAGGAAAUGGGCUGUUCGCAAUGCAGUCAUCAUCUUCGUGAGCCUCUUGGUCCUAGCCGUCAUCAUCGUUCUUUGCACCUUCUUCGCUACCAACCCCAGAAACUCUGCUUGACGCCUGCAUGUGUUCAUGCAUCCUCCGAAAUUCUCUACAAUCUUUCACCUGAAUACAAAAAUCUGGAUCCCUGCGACGAUUUCGAAGAAUUGGUCUGCGGUGGGUGGGAUGAGCGCCAUGAUCUUCGUCCAGAUCAGGGAGAUGCAUUCACUGGGACAAUUAUGAGCGAGAACUCGCAAAUGCUUCUUCGGCAUAUAUUAGAAGCACCAUAUCCAGAAGACUCAUAUCAUUCGAGCUUUUCCCCAGCGCAGCUUCUUCAGUCCGUCUCCUCGGUCGACCAGCAGAAUUUCGAUAAAUUGAAGGCUGCUUAUGAUGCAUGCAUGGAUGAAGCAACCAUUAAAAAAGCUGGCAUCAAACCCUUAUUAGAAGUCGUUCACCAAGUUGCUGAGCUCUUUCCCGUCACGGAAUCGGCGUUCCACAAAAGGACUCCCCUGCUGGGAAAGAAUAAGGAGGACAUACCAGACGUAUUAUUCUAUCUCAAAAAGCUCGGUCUUUCGCCCCUCGUCUCUUUAGGCGCUGGUGCUGAUGAUAAGGACCCUGACGUGGUUGUUAUACAAGCCUCCCCGCCUUGGCGAAUUGGGUUGCCUGCGAAGAAUUACUACGAGGAUACAAAUAUCUUGAAGGAAUAUAAGGACACCAUAGCGCAAGUCCUUGAGGCCGUUCACCCCGAUCACAAGCAUGAAAAUGCAACCUUACAUGCUGAGUGGAUGCGAUCCAAUGGCCACGGCCAGAUUGCAGCAAGGGGAAACGCGAAAGAUUCUGCGAAUGAGGUUGUCGAAUUCGAGAGACAAUUAGCUGCUGCUUCUCCAAAUCCUGAAGAUGCUCAGGAUGUUACGAAAUACUACAAUCCCAUGAGUUUGAAGGGUGCAGAUUCCCUUACUCCACAGAUUCAAUUAGCGAACAUCAUCAAGAAGCUUGCUCCUUCGGACUAUACCACUGAUCGACUCAUUGUUGCUUCGCCUAGUUAUAUGAAGAACUUAACACAGAUCCUCUCUAGCACCUCACGCGAAACAUUACAAACGUACUUUAUCUGGAAAGUCGUUCAAGCUUUUGCAUCGGAGAUUGAAGCAGAUGAGAUUAAGCCUUACACCAGAUUUUCCAAUAAACUUCAAGGCAAGGAUCCCGACUCUUCUCCAGAGCGAUGGAGAACUUGCGUAAGCCACGUGGACGACGGCCUUGGCUGGAUCUUAAGCCGGUUCUUUGUCGAAAAGGCGUUUUCGGAAAAGGCAAAGAAUUUUGGUGAUCAGAUUGUCUCUGACAUCAAGGAGAUGUUCAUCCAGAAGUUGAAAAAGACUACCUGGAUGGACAAGAGCGUUGUUGAAUUGGCUAUCGAGAAAGUCCACAAGAUUGUCCAAAAGAUUGGAUAUCCAACUAAGAGCCCUGAUAUCAUGGAUCCACCCAGCCUGCAGCGUUACUAUCAAACUGUCAACAUUACUCCCUCGACGUUCUUCCAAAAUACGCUCUCAAUGAGUCGCUUCUCCGUCUCGCUCCAGUGGUCAAGUCUCGGCAAACCAGUUGACCGCAAUGAAUGGGGCAUGACAGUUCCCACAGUCAAUGCCUACUACAACCCUCCAGGAAAUGAGAUUGUCUUUCCCGCCGGUAUCAUGCAAUUUCCGGUCUUCGAUGUCAAUGUGCCACAAUAUCUAAGCUAUGGUGCGUUUGGCAGUGUAUCCGGCCACGAGCUCUCUCAUGCAUUCGACUCUACUGGCCGUCAUUAUGACCAGAAUGGCAACUACACUGACUGGUGGACCAACAGCACCGUUGAAGGGUUCAAAGAACGGGCACAGUGUUUUGUAGACCAGUACGCCAAAUAUACUAUCCCAGGACCAGACGACAAGCCACUACACGUCAACGGCAAGCUUACCCUCGGUGAGAAUAUCGCCGACGCUGGAGGUGUCUCUGCCGCAUUUGGGGCUUGGCAGAAACGCAGAGCAGAAACUCCGAACCAGGACCUCCCCGGCCUCGAAUACUUUACGCAGGACCAACUUUUCUUCGUCAGUUACGCAAAUUGGUGGUGUGGCAAGAGCAGAAAGGAAGCAGCGAUAAACCGUAUCUACACGGAUCCGCAUGCUCCGAAAUGGGCUAGAAUUCUCGGCACGAUGGCUAAUUCGAGGGAUUUCAAGGAGAGCUUUAAGUGUAAGGAGAAGGAGCCUGUUUGCGAGCUCUGGUGAACAUAGUUUGAGGGUGAAUAAGUAUUGGAUUGUGGAUUUAUGGAUAGGAAGGAUAGCGUUGGAUGCAUUUGCGUAUGGAUGGAGGGACAAAAUGUAUGUUUACGCAUCGGGGCUUUGUGGAUACAUUAUCCUUUAGGUGUAUUGAAAUACUGUUAGUAUUAGUUUGCGUAGGCCCUUAGACUGUUGCUACAAAUUGCAGACCAAAGCAAGUAUAGUUUUGAACCAUCAAUCUUUAUAAAUCACCGCAUUGACAA